UUUAUCUUACAAGACUCGCGUGCGCGUCGCCCUCAUCCCCUAAAGCUGUCACUAAUGGUUUGGACCACGUGUGUUCUGCAAGGACUCGUCCGGAAACUGCAUCUAUGGCUCCUUGGUUCCGCCAUCGGUAGAGGUUUACAGGCCUUCAGCGGACUGACGCCGAACUGCGGCGGGUGGAAGGCGACGAUUUGAGUGUUCGUUGUCUUCGCAGCCUGCGGGAAGCAAACGCAUUCUCGAAAGCUUCCAGCGACCCCUUUCAUCGGCGUCAUGGCAGUGCCAGGUUGCAACAAGGACAGUGUCAGAGCAGGCUGUAAAAAAUGUGGCUACCCUGGUCACCUGACUUUUGAAUGCCGUAAUUUUCUUCGUGUAGACCCCAAAAGGGACAUAGUUUUGGAUGUCAGUAGUACAAGCAGUGAAGACAGUGAUGAGGAGAAUGAAGAACUGAAUAAAUUGCAGGCAUUACAGGAAAAAAGAAUAAAUGAAGAAGAGGAGAAGAAAAGAGAAAAAAGCAAAGAGAGAAUCAAAUUGAAGAAAAAAAGGAAAAGGUCCUAUUCAUCCAGUUCCACUGAAGAGGACACUUCAAAACAAAAGAAACAAAAAUAUCAGAAGAAAGAAAAGAAAAAGGAAAAAAAGAAUAAAUCAAAAAAAGGGAAACAUCACAAAAAGGAAAAAAAGAAGAGGAAAAAGGAAAAGCAUUCUUCUACCCCUAAUAGCUCUGAAUUCUCCAGAAAGUAACUGAGACUUUGGCCUGAGCCACUGCUUUUAAAAUUUUGUUCUGAAAAAUUAUUGCCCUUCCUUGGAAUUCGCUAUAUAAUUAUGCUUUGCAAUAAAUCACAGCCUUUUCUAUAUAGACCUA